AUGCUGUUAAUCAAGCUUUACUUCACUCCUGCAUUGCUCCUCCUGGUGUUCGGCUGUUCUGUGUGGCAGGUCGGCCAAUCUCUACCAGUGAUGGAAAAAGGACCAGCAACCGACUCCUGUGUUUUAUAUGCACAAUCGCUCCUACACAACAUCACUGAUGUACUAACACAGAGUAAACUGUUCAGUGGAAUUGAGUGUGCAAAACAGAAUAUGGAGCUUAACACAGAGACCAACACACCAUCUGUUUGCACACCACAGGGAUCAUCAUGCUCUGAAAGCACCCAGUUACAGUUUGAUCAGGAGUCAUGUGUGACAAACAUUGGGAAAGAUCUGCGCCACUACUACAAAUUUCUCACAGCCCAGCCAGACCCUGAAAGUUUACUUGGUCCAACUGUUCUGCUUAGCCUCCGAGAACUCAUGGAGAACUGUUUCAAGGGGUAUCUGCCAACAGACUUGGCUUUACAGGAGACUGCUGCUGAUCGUGCUAGCACCUAUGCGGAAAGACUGAGCCUCUGCAAAGUCUUGAGAGGCUUUCAGGUCCGCACCAUCACAAUCAACCGAGUCAUCGGCUACAUGAACUCUGGUGAAUAG